GCUAAAUGGACAAUUAAUUAAUUGCACGGAAAUUUUGCAUAUGCACCAUAACUUCGCAGUCGCCGGUUGUGUUCUUCUGGCCGGAAGUAUGUAUUGCGCAUGCGCCGACAUUGACACCGCGGCCUGCCAGCUCAUGUUCGCUAGGAACCCGAACAUAUGCGACGAUCCCAACGUAGGCCACACUGCUUGUCCAAAAUUCUGCAACUUUUGUCCCCUACAAUGCUAUGACUGCAACGCCACCGCGCUCGACUACCACCAAUGCGACCAAACUACUUUCUGUGCGGAAGAGCAGGUGUGCAUGCUGAAACAGCUGAGCUCAUUCUUCGACGGUCAUAACGAGUAUGAAAUGAAGUGUGAGGAAAAGAAGGUCUGUGACGGGUACGGUCUCUCUUUCUCGUUCGGUCGUCGGGACGUGGCCUCUCGAGAUCUGUCGGUCUCCUGCUGCGAUACGGACCUAUGUAACUACCCGCAACAGCCGACCACGACAACAUCCACGACGACAACAGCUAAUCCUUCAACGACAAAAGCUACGCGUUCGACGACAACGGCGCCGAUAAUAACAACAGAUCACGGAUCUGUGUGCGAAGUAGACCUCGUCUUCGUCAUUGACGAAUCAACGUCCACGGCCCAUGACCGGUCCGACAUUAUCCACUUUAUGCGCUACGUUGUGACCCGACUUCCGGUUGGCCCACAGGGUGUGCACGUCGGCGUCGGCACGUUCAACACAACGUCUCGCGAGCGGUUCGCCUUAAACGAUCACACGUCCAUGGGAGACGUUGUGGCGGCGAUCGACGACGUCAGGUUUGGGGGUGGUCACGGUGACAUUAACGCUGGGCUACGUUACGCCGUAAACAACGCGCUGACACCGGCCGGCGGCGACAGACCGUACGCACCCAACGUGGUUGUUAUUGUCACAGAUGACGGCGCCCGCGAUGCAACCGAAUUUAGCGCUUUGGAAACCGAGCUGCACUCCAAAAGCAAAAAUGUGAUUGUCAUUGAGGUGAAUUCCGUUAUUUUCCAGCACCUGAGUACCGACCGUCUUCACACGUUUCACAUCAAGGAAGCGGACGAUGUGGACCACGUCCAAAACCAAGUUGUCAAUUUAAUUUGCAUGAAUUCUAAUAAGUAGUUAGUGAACGAUAUGGUGUGCUUCGCUGUCGUAAAGUUAAGUGUGUACUUCUGAAAGAAUUAGAAUAUGCAUUCAAUUUGUGUUGCCAUAUAACGCCAAAAAUCGUCUAAAAUAUAUUCAUUGAUAUUUAUUACACGAUAAAUGUGUCGUUCUUAACAAUGCAUUUAUAUAUAUAUGCAUAUAGAAACAGUCGUUCGCCACGGAAGACAAUCUCUAUUGAUAUUAAAUUGAAAGCAUUAUUUCUACGACAAGAAUAUGAACGGAUUCGCAUAUGCAUAGUGGGGAAAACCAACUAGACCGCAACUAUGUACAUGUACUCCCAUUCAUUCAAUUACAAUCAAAUAUAUCGUUGAGUGAUUUUUAUGUUUUGGUAAAAUCUUAUCUUUUGAAUCGUUUGGUUUGAAGGAGCUUCUGAGAUGUAUAUGCUAAAGCUCCUCCUUAAGAUUCUAUAAAAUAUUUACAACUGUAUCGUUAUUAUAAAUCACAAGAACUUAAGCAUCUGACAUGUAAUAAAUUUCUGUACUCAGAUAUAAAAUUGUGAGUUACAAACGUUAUAUUUAAAUCCGGCCGUUUAAUACACGAACACACACGCACAUUUUCUUCAGCCGAGAUUUCGUUUUAGAGGGGUGUAAGAAACAGAUUUAUGUGCGGUCUAUGGGUCAUUGUCCCUCGAAAAUGCUCGACGCUUGUUUUAAACAAGAAUCAGUUUUAGUGUAACGUGUCAUGCAUUCAGACGAAAUAAAGCAGUGGUUCAUGUAAUAUACCCAUUGCCUUUUGCAUACGCAAGCCAACAUUUAAUGUUUGCAUGUUUGACCAUUCUUAACAAUUUGUUUGUUUGGGUUAACACGACCGACGCUCCCAAAUUGCUCUGACCCCAUUCCACUAAGAUAACAAAAUUGAGGUCGGGAUGGGGUGUGGGGAUUCAACUUCAUAAAGGUGUUAUGGAUAUGGUGUCCGCCUAGUGACCGGAAGGUCACGAGUACGAUCCCCACUUUGGGAUCGUACUUUAGAUCUCUUACAAAGACACCAAGUGCUGUUUCUAGACCCAGGCAACGGUCUCGAGAGCGUUUAAAAUAAGCUGUUAGUACUUCUUAUGCAAUCAAGCUAAAAUAAAUAAGCUUAAACUAAAAAGGAAAACACGGUUUUUACUCACGAAAUGUUUACAAUGUCUAUAAAGCUGCAAAUAACUGAUAAAUCAGUCAGAGGAGACAGACUAUGAAUAUAACAAGCAAGGUUACGAAAGCAGUUUCUCUUUUUUUUAAUUGCAAUGCGAAUAAAGCCUUUGUUUCUCUAGAACACGAUAUGCUGAUUUUACAACGUAACGUCAUCCUCGUGGAAAGCGUAUGCGUGUAAAAUUGAAAAUGUUCAGUUUACACUAAAUAACGCUGGAUUGGUCAUUGUUGGCUCGGGUACUACUCAAAUGUACCCCGGGUACACAUAAAUAUUGUUUAUCUUAAACAAACAUUUCUUUAAAAAAAAACCUGCAUCAAAAUGCUUUUUGAGUAUGAGUUUCGAUAAUAUAGAGGCCAUUUAACAGAAAAUUGACAUUAAUGUGAAGAUAAUUAAUUAAAAAAAAAUAGCCGACAACGAUCGAUUUUGCGUAAAAAUUCCAUUCCCGGGUACAUUUUUGUAUAUUGACCGUACCCUGGGAACAUGUAAGUAUACUUAAGAGUACCCGGGGUACAUGUAAGUAGUAUCCGAGCCGACAAUUACCAAUCAUACCGAUUAAACAUCGAAAUACAAAGGCUUACACGAUUUCAAGAUUAAUGCAAACAAUAAAAUCUAAACAAUAAGAUUUAAAUAAUUGUAAUGUUUAUUAAAUAAUGUGUCCAAGUUUUAGUUUACCGAGACAAAUACCAUUAUGGUUAUAUGUUAUGUUGAUAUGUUAUGUAUAUAGAAUUUAUCUAUUUAGAUCUAUUGCUUGUUUUCAACCUUAUUUGUUACAGUACAGUAAAACAAC